UCGGGCCUGCUCUCCAGGACACUAGCCCCUCUCGCCAUCUCCCUCCUCCCAGGACCCGGCGGCCCGGAGCGCCUGGGCUCGUGCUCGCGCUUGCCCGCUGCCGGGCCGGAUGCCAGGGCUGGCAGGGCUCCGCGCAGGCGGGCGGGGCGUGCAGGAAGCGCCGCGCGCGCCGGGGCCUCUGGGAGCAAGCGGGAGACUCUGGCGGCGACCGGCUCCCGGGCCUGGGCAGCGGCGGUAAAGGUCUAAGUAGCAGGGGCGGUGCGGUGCUGGGCUAGUGCCACUAGGAGCUGGAGGCUGGGGACGCGUGGGGCGCAGCCGGUGCCCUGAGAGCGGAACAGGAUAGAAGGUGGUGCGCUCGGUCCCCCAGGCCCUGACCUUCUCUCCUGCCAUGAGGUGGGGCUGCCAUUUGCCUAGGGCCUCUUGGGGCCCUGGUCUGGGAAGAGUACUCCAGCCAGCAGAUGAACGUAUCCCCUUCCUGAUCCACUGGAGCUGGCCCCUUAAAGGGGAGCGCCCCCUUGGGCCCCCUAGGGCCUUUAUACGCCAUCACGGAAGCUCAGCGGGCAGUGGUCCCCCAUCAGGGAGGCACGGACAGUUGUUCCAGGGCAUCGCUGCAGCUGAAGCUAUCCAGCGGCACCGCCAGAACCUGGCCGAGUGGUUCAGCCGGCUGCCCAGGGAAGAGCGCCAGUUCGGCCCAACCUUUGCACUAGACACGGUCCACGUAGACCCUGUGAUCCGCGAGAGCACCCCUGAUGAGCUGCUUCGCCCACUGGCUGAGCUGGCCCUGGAGCAUCAGCCACCCUCUGCUGGGCUCCCCCCACUGGCCCUGUCUCAGCUCUUUGACCCAGAUGCCUGUGGGCGCCGCGUGCAGACGGUGGUGCUCUACGGGACAGUGGGCACAGGCAAGAGCACGCUGGUGCGCAAGAUGGUCCUGGACUGGUGUUACGGGCAGCUGCCAGCCUUCGAGCUGCUGAUCCCCUUCUCCUGCGAGGACCUGUCAUCCCUGGGCCCUGCGCCGGCCUCCUUGUGCCAGCUUGUGGCCCAGCGCUACACACCCCUGAAGGAGAUUCUGCCUCUGAUGGCCACUGCUGGUUCCUGCCUGCUCUUUGUGCUCCACGGCUUGGAGCACCUCAACCUUGAUUUCCGGUUGGCAGGCACAGGGCUUUGCAGUGACCCGGAGGAGUCAGAGGCGCCAGCUGCCAUCAUCGUCAACCUGCUACGCAAAUACAUGUUGCCCGAGGCCAGCAUUCUGGUGACCACCCGGCCCUCUGCCAUUGGCCGCAUCCCCAGCAAGUAUGUGGGCCGCUAUGGCGAGAUCUGUGGCUUCUCCGAUACCAACCUACAGAAGCUCUACUUCCAGCUCCGCUUCAAACAGCCAGACUGCGGGCACGGAGCUGGGGGGUUCUCAGCCACGCCGGCUCAGCGUGACCACCUGGUGCAGAUGCUCUCCCGGAACCUGGAGGGGCACCACCAGAUCGCCACUGCCUGCUUCCUGCCCUCCUAUUGCUGGCUUGUCUGUGCCACCCUGCACUUCCUGCACGCUCCCACACCAGCUGGCCAGACCCUCACGAGCAUCUACACCAGCUUCCUGCAUCUAAACUUCAGUGGGGAGAUGCUGGACAGCACUGACCCCUCCAAGUUGUCCCUGAUGGCCUAUGCAGCCCGAACCAUGGGCAAGUUGGCCUACGAGGGGGUGUCCUCCCGCAAGACGUACUUCUCUGAAGAGGAUGUCCGUGGCUGCCUGGAAGCUGGCAUCCAGACGGAAGAGGAGUUUCAGCUGCUGCAUGUGUUCCGCCGGGAUGCCCUGAGGUUUUUUCUGGCCCCGUGCGUUGAGCCAGGGCACCUGGGUACCUUCGUGUUCACUGUGCCCGCCAUGCAGGAAUACCUGGCUGCCCUCUACAUUGUGCUGGGUUUGCGGAAGACGACUCUGCAGCGAGUGGGCAAGGAAGUGGCCGAGCUCGUGGGCCGUGUUGGGGAGGAUGUCAGCCUGGUCCUGGGCAUCAUGGCCAAGCUGCUGCCCCUGCGGGCCCUGCCCCUGCUAUUCAACCUGCUCAAGGUGGUUCCACGUGUGUUCGGGCGUGUGGUAGGUAAGAGCCGCGAGGCAGUGGCCCAGGCCAUGGUGCUGGAGAUGUUCCGAGAGGAGGACUACUACAAUGACGACGUCCUGGACCAGAUGGGUGCCAGUAUCCUGGGUGUGGAGGGCCCCCGGUGCCGCUCGGACGAGCCCACAGAGGAUGAGGUCUUUGAGCUUUUCCCCAUGUUCAUGGGCGGGCUUCUCUCUGCCCAUAACCGGGUAGUGCUGGCUCAGCUCGGCUGCCCCAUCAAGACCCUGGAUGCCCUGGAGAAUGCCCAGGCCAUCAAGAAGAAGCUGGGCAAGCUGGGCCGGCAGGUGCUGCCCCCCUCGGAGCUCCUUGACCACCUCUUCUUCCACUAUGAGUUCCAGAAUCAGCGCUUCUCCGCCGAGGUGCUCAGCUCCCUGCGCCAGCUCAGCCUGGCGGGCGUGCGCAUGACACCCCUCAAGUGCAUGGUGGUGGCAGCUGUACUGGGCAGUGGAAGGCAUGCCCUGGACGAGGUGAACUUCGCCUCCUGCCAACUGGACCCUGCCGGGCUGCGCACGCUCAGGCCUGUCUUCCUGCGUGCCCGGAAGCUGGGCUUGCAACUCAACAGCCUGGGCCCCGAGGCCUGCAGGGACCUCCGAGACUUGCUGCUGCAUGACCAGUGCCAAGUUACCACCCUGCGGCUGUCCAACAACCCGCUGACGGCGGCGGGCGUGGCCCUGCUGGUGGAGGGGCUGGCAGGAAACACGUCGCUGAAACACCUGUCUCUGCUGCACACGGGCCUUGGGGAUGAGGGCCUGGAGCUGCUGGCUGCCCAGCUAGACCGUAACCAGCAGCUACAGGAGCUGAAUGUGGCCUACAACGGCGCUGGCGACACAGCGGCCCUGGCCUUAGCCAAGGCUGCCCGGGAGCACCCUUCCCUGGAGCUGCUGCACCUCUACUUCAACGAGCUGAGCUCAGAGUGCCGCCAGGCCCUGCGGGACUUGGGGAGCACCACUGAGGGCGGUGCCCGGGUCGUGGUGUCGCUGACAGAGGGGACAGCAGCGUCCGAGUACUGGUCAGUGAUCCUGGGUGAAGUCCAGCGGAACCUCAACAGCUGGGAUCGGGGUCGGGUCCGGCGCCACCUGGAGCUUCUGCUGCGGGAUCUGGAAGAUAACCGAGGAGCCACCCUUAAUCCUUGGCGCAAAGCCCAGCUGCUUCGAGUGGAGGGCGAGAUGUUUCUUGGGCACUAGUUUCAGAGGCCCUGAGGGUGGCGCAAGAACAAGAUGUCAGCAUGGAGGUAGGCCAUGUUGGGCCAUAGGGCUCCUGUACCCCUUCUCAUACUCUUAUCCCAGGCUUAGAAUUACAGUGCCCAGCAAUUACAGUGACCUUUCUCUGCGCAGAGGGGGAACUGGGGCGGCAGCAGAGUCUCCUGAGAAAGUCGGGGCUCGAGAAUAGGGCAGGAGGAACAGACACACUUCCCCAGAGGACAAGACUCUCCUCCCGUUAACCAUUACUGACUGCUUCUAAGGCAGCGUCUUGGAGGAGGCGGGACGUGGCGGGGUAGGUGGGAGGGUCAGCUGGUUUCGAUGGACCUUGUCCCUACACUGAGCCUGGCUCGCUGAUCCAACCAUGGAGGCAGCUGCAGGUAAGAGGCCAGGAGAAAUCCUCUGCGGGGGACUUUAGGGCAGAGGGCAGAUUGGAAGGCUUUGGGACCAGGACACACUUGGUACUGGGGCUUGGAGCCCUAAGGCAAGUAGACUGGAAGUUAGGAGGGGAGAGGUGAGUGGUUGGAUGUGUCUGCCUUCCUGGUCCACGCCCUGUACUGAUAUGCUCAGACUUCUGUGCGUAUCAGGAGGCCUUGCCCGGGGAGGGGAAGGAAGGGGAAGGGAAGACCCUUUUGGAGCGAGUCCUGAAUUUGGGGGUUCCCCGAAGUCCUUUCAGUUAAUGACCAUGGAAGAGGAGUCUCGGGGGGGCAGAAUGUGCCUCUCCUCCCCUCACCCCUUCUUUUCCCAGCAGACCUUCAGGACACAGCUUCCUUGGCCCCGUAAGUGCUGUGCUGUGAAGGAUUGGGGCAAGGGGAGGA